CAAGUGUGAAACAUAUAGUCCUUGUAAGAGGAAAGAGGGAAGUCUAAGCAUUUCCAAUAUUCCAAGGGAGUGGAGAUAAAGAUAAGCUCAAAAAAUCAAAUAUGAAGCUGCUACUGCUUCUUUUUGGGUCCAACUCCAACACCAAGUCCAAGGCUGUGCCUUUUAUGGUGUUUGUGUUGGUCCUUACAGGUAUGGUGGAACAAGGCGAGGGCACCACUUGUCACAGCACAUUCUUGUCAGCACUGGUGCAGUUAAUACCCUGCAGAGCAGCAGUUGCUCCCUUUAGCCGUAUUCCACCAAGUGAGACUUGCUGCAAUGCCAUCAAAGCUCUGGGGCAACCUUGUCUGUGUGUUCUUGUUAAUGGUCCUCCCAUAACUGGUGUGGAUCGGAACAUGGCCCGCCAGCUGCCUCAGAAAUGUACUGCCAACUUCGAACCAUGUGAUGCAAUGAAGUAG